UGCUCACAGGAUGGAUAAUCUAAGUGACUUCUUGAGACAGAGAAAUGUUCCUGAGGAAACAAUAGAGACCCUGGAGCACGAGAAGAUUGAUGCAAGCACCAUACAGCUGAUGACAGAUGAAGAACUAAAGACUUAUCUGCCAUCAUAUGGUGAUCGCCUAGCAGUGUCAGGAUUUUGUCAGCGGAAGGAAAACAGCCACAGCAACACUCGGAAAUCAAAGCUUUUUGAGCGCCUGAAACAAAAAUUGGCCAAAAGAAAACAUUUUGACGAAGGAGGCAGCAGCACGAGCGAAGGGGAGCGCUCACAUCCAUCUCAGAAAAGAAAUGCUCUGAAGACGAUGAGAAAAAUAGAAAUAGGAUGGAUGCAUUAUGAUGAUGAAAAAGAGGUUUUCAAGCAAGUGAGAGCCAGACGAGGAGGUGGAACAAGAAAAGUCGAUGUUUCAAAGGAUGCUCAGAAAAGGGAUUUGAUUCAAGAAGCAAUUGGCCUGUUCUUUCCAGACAAUAUAAAUAGUCUGGGGUCCUUAACAGAUUUUGAGUUAGAUCUCAAAGAUUACCAAGAGGUGAUGGUUGACAAUGUAAUUACAGUUGGACAAUUGUACAUUGACACAAAGCUCCCUCUUCUUAGGUUUUAUUUGACCACACAGAAGAAAAUAAUGGACAGUCCACACAGUCACAGCGCAGGUUUAGCUCCAUCUUUGGAGAGACAGGUGAGCUCUCAGAAUCCGUCUUCCCCUUCUUCUCUCAGUGUUGCUACAGCGCCGCCAUCUGCUACAUUUGAAACGGUCAACCCUGAAGUGAUAUUCCUUGGAAGCACUCCAAGCGAUGACAAUUAUGACUUUGCACUGUAUUCCACACAGGGUGGGAGUGAGGAUGCUUUUGAGAGCAGCAACGUUGUUUUUGUCGGAGACUUUUCUGAAAAUGAGCAACAGAAUUUGGAUGAUACACUGCCUGUUUCACCACAAACCAUAUCAUCCAGUGAGAGGGUGAAGAGAAUAUUAGUUGUUCACAGAGGGCAGGUACUGCGAGAGCUCAUAGCACAUUUCUGCGAUGAUGGACUUCAAGAUGUUGACAUCAAAAUCCAGCUUGUUCUGCCAGAUGGAACACUUGAGAUGGGGUAUGAUGAUGGCGGAGUUGUGAGAGAUUGUCUCUCAGAAUUCUGGAGUGAAUUCUACGACCAAUGUGCAACGGGAAAUGCUCUUAAAGUGCCUUUUCUAAGGCAUGAUUUUGGACAGCAGCAGUGGGAGAGUGUUGGUCGAAUCAUUGCUUUUGGAUGGGCGAGGGAGAAAUAUCUUCCUGUGAAGAUCGCACCUGUCAUAUUAGAGCAAGCUGCUUUUGGAUAUGCGAAGAGCGAUGUAGUGGAGAAUUUCCUCAAAUACAUGCCUGAGUCUGAGCGUACAGUGUUUGAAUCAUGGAGAUCAGAUUUUAACAGCGUCGACCAAGAAGAAUUGAUUGAGAUCCUAGACAACCACAGCUGCAGAAGGUUACCAACAGCCAGCAAUGUCAAUGAAAUCCUCCAGGAGCUCGCCCACAAAAGGCUUGUUCAAGAGCCUGCCUAUGUCAUUGAACAAUGGGCAAAAAUACUCAGCACCGCCGGACACAGCCUUCAGGACCUCACAACUGUAUACGAAACCCUGCAACCAACUGUGAGAAAGGUUGUGAAGUCUCUCUCCUUCCCAGAGACAAUGAAUGUCCACCAGAAGGACAUUCAGAAGUACCUCACCACAUAUUUGAGGAAUGCUGAUAUGCAGCAUCUGUGUUUGUUCCUCAGGUUCUGCACAGGGUCAGAUCUAUUCCUGGGGAAAGACAUUAUUAUUGACUUUACUCUGAUUCAAGGCUUUCAGAGAAGACCUGUGGCCCAUACUUGUGGCUGUGUGCUGAAGCUGUCAGUCCAUUAUGACAGCUCCCCUGACUUCAGCUCCGAGAUGAACAAGGUGUUGGAAUCUAAUGUGUGGGUAAUGGACAUAAUCUAA